GGACACGAUUAGGGCACUUUCUAAUAGCCAAGUCCAAGGGACCUCUUUAGUCUCUCUCUCUCUCUCUCUCUCUCUCUCGCUCUCUCUCUCUGUUAAAGAGGAAAAGGCAAGGAAUUAAGAAGACGUUCAGGCAGAGACUCCUACUGCGAUUUUCUUACUCUAUUUUCUCGAGAAAUUCGCCAUGAAUGGCGACGGAAAAGGUGAAGAUGAAACCGUGAAAAUGGAGGAGGUCAAGGAGAGACUAGUGUUCAUGUGGGGAUACCUCCCUGGAGCCUCGCCGCAGCGGUCUCCGCUUCUGUCACCGGUCGUUGUUAGGCUGCCGCCGUCGAUUGGUGCUGGUUACUCUUGGAAGGAUGUCUGUGGCGGAGGCUGCGGAUUCGCCAUGGCCAUUUCUGAGUCUGGGAAGCUCAUUACAUGGGGUUCAACGGAUGAUCUAGGUCAAAGCUAUGUGACAUCCGGAAAGCAUGGGGAAACUCCGGAGCCUUUCCCUCUUCCAACUGAGGCUACAAUAGUCAAAGCUGCGGCUGGAUGGGCCCAUUGCGUUUCAGUUACGGACGGCGGAGAGGUUUACACAUGGGGGUGGAAAGAGUGUGUCCCCUCUGGGAAGGUGUUUGGAGAUCCUUCUGCUGGAGGAAGCAUGGAAAAGGAUGUAUUUGAAAGACAGAGUUCAUUUCUGACAGAACAAGUGAGUCCUCGUUCUCAAGGCCCAAAAUCCACCAGCGUAACUGUGUCAACUACUGACGGCAGAGGAGGUGGAGAGGAAAGUACAAAGAGAAGAAGAAUAUCAACAGCUAAACAAGCAGCUGAAAGCUCGAGUUCGGGUGAUGAAAAUCUCUCCGCAUUGCCAUGUCUAGUCACAUUAAACCCAGGAGUAAGAAUUGCCAGUGUUGCUGCUGGUGGGCGUCAUACCCUUGCGUUGUCAGUUUCAGAUACAGGACAGGUGUGGGGUUGGGGCUAUGGAGGUGAAGGGCAAUUAGGUUUGGGCUCUCGGAUACGCAUGGUGUCCUCUCCUCACCCCGUUCCUUGCAUUGAAUCCUCUUCUUAUGUAAAGGAUCGAUCUGCAGCAGUCUCUCGAGGGAGCAUGAGUUCAGAGGGACAGGGUUUUAGAGUUCCUGGAGCUUAUGUUAAGGGGAUUGCCUGUGGGGGAAGACAUAGUGCAGUAAUCACAGAUGCUGGAGCACUGAUUACUUUCGGUUGGGGACUUUAUGGACAGUGUGGGCAAGGAAGUACAGAUGAUGAACUAAGCCCAACUUGUGUAUCAUCCUUACUUGGCAUCAGAAUAGAGGCAAUUGCUGCAGGACUGUGGCACACUGUCUGCAUUUCUGCUGAUGGUGAUGCGUAUGCAUUUGGUGGAAAUCAGUUUGGGCAGUUGGGAACAGGAGUUGACCAAGCUGAGACUCUCCCUAGGCUGUUGGAUGCUCCAAGUUUGGAAAAUAAGCAUGCAAAAACUGUUUCUUGUGGUGCUCGUCAUAGUGCUGUAAUUACAGGGGAUGGGAAAGUGUUUUGCUGGGGAUGGAACAAGUAUGGCCAGUAUUUUGUGAACGGGUUGACACAGCUUGGCUUGGGUGACGUGAUUGACCGCAACAUCCCUGCUGAAGUUAUUAUUGAUGGCUGUAUUCCUAAAAACAUUGCAUGUGGCUGGUGGCAUACCUUGCUUCUUGCUGAAUCACCCGCUUGAGUUCCCAUCCUUGUCCAGCAGGGCCAAGGCACAGUUUUGUUAGGUUAGUAAUUUUUAUAUGAGAUUUGAUAUAUCACAGUUUAGGUGAUAUGUAUAUGUACAUACAGUAGCUUGUAUACAUAUACAUAUAUGUGCUCAUUCUUUCGUGGCUGAAGUUCAAUAUGACCAGUCCUAUCUUUUUUUCAAGGUUUCAACACUAAAUGGUGCUUAUGAGAUGUACAAAACAUCAUUUUUAGUCCAUUGUGUAUAUUUCCAUCUCUGAUAACUUGUCCUUUGUAUUUAAAUGCCAUGAAUGUAUGUUGAAUUGGAGAUGUA